GAGAUAUGCGCAAGAUGUUGCUUUCGACUUGGUGAGCGAUAGCUAUGGACUUAUGAAAAGCACUGGAGGGUGGAUGUCACGCGUAAGUGCAUUCGAACAGGGGCGAGCUCAAGAACCAUUGAUGAACCUACAGAGACAAGAACAGCUCGCUGAAGAUGUGGUAGGAGAGCGUGGCGAGAUCAAAACGGAAGGAAUGGAGAACGUCGCUGUAUACUCGAACGAUUAUGUCGUAUGUGCCUAUGCAUUUGAAAGUUCGUUUCGAUUAUCAAUACCGAUGUAUGCUCCUCCAACUUUCCACACAGACACUAUACAUUUGAAAUGGAGAUUGCGGUUUGAAUUCGUCACGUCGGAACCUUUGAUCAACGUUGUUUAUGGUGAAGUUUGCAAAGCACCCAUAGAUGUACCUAUCGAAACGCUGGCAUGGAAGACGGAUAUCUAUGUGCUACCCUGCAGCCCUCAAAACGCAGCACUUACAGAUUCAUCUCAUGUUGGAAAUGCUUCCAGGGUAUUAUGAUAUUGUUGUACAUAUCAAAACCAAUGUAAAAUCGGCAUAGCCUGAAUUUGGCUGUAUAUCUGUGAUUCAUAAUCUAUGCAAAGACGAAAAGAAUAAAAAAUAAAAGGAUGAAAAGGUAAUUCAAAGACAACGAGAAAUAUCAUAUGGUACUGGCAGUGACCCUAUAGUCGUUGAAAGUUGUAUAAACCACCAAAUGUUCGCUAGCCAUUGUUACACCGUACAAAAGUUCCUUCCCAGCUUUCUCAUCUGAUUGUCAUAUGUUAUAUUUUUCAUCAAGGAUUGCCCAUCCACCAUACAUGCAAGCAGCUACAUGACGAUUUUCAUGUGUUUGAACAUCUUCUAUGUACCAAACACCUCCAGCUGUCUGAAAAGGAUUGAGCCUUGCAUUAGUGCUAGGAAACGGAUUUACCUCCUCGAUCCGCAAAGGCUCCUUAGUUUGCCUCAAAUCGAAUAAGUGUAUAUGUUGGUCGUAGCUGCCAGUCAGGAUGGUCUAAAAUGUGGUAGUCUCUGAUGCUCUUGUCCAGCUUGUUUUUUUCCACGUUUAGCCGAUCCGACAGAGGAACACCGCUUCCACCGGACAUUUUUCCACAAGAAUUGCACUCUGGAAGGUGAACAAUAUAAAACAAUCACAGAAUGACAAAUAACGAGCAAAACCGAGACAGUACAGAACAUCUAAAAGAGGAAAGGUCCACGAUUCAAG